AUGGUGUACGCCACGUCUAUCGAUGGCUCCGUCGUGCACGCCACGGCCACCGGAACGCCGCCGGGGGACCUCGAGGACCGGACCAUCGACCCGGUGUCGCUGACGAGACGGACCCUGCUGGAGGCCAUCCCGCGAUGCAUGUCGAAGGUCGAGGGGCUACGAGCUGAAAUCAUGGAAGAGAGAGAGGAGGCGGAAAAGGAGGCGGUUGAGGGCCGGGGUCUUACGAAGUCGAAGAUGGUCACCGUCUUGGGCUUUUUGCCCUUCGGAAAGCACGGCUUUCGUCGGCGACGAGCGAGGGAGCACGCGGCGGCGCACUUGGGGGAGGCAACCCUCUCGGUCACGAACACGGGAGACCUGGAGGUCUCGGUGGACGGAUUCCUCGUCCUCCGGAAGUCCGGGCCUUCCUGGUUCGGGUUUCGCCAGAAAGACUCCACGUACGAGGUCCGCGUCACGGAGGAUGGGGUUGCCGUGUCGCGAGGCGGCGAGUACGCCUGGGGCAUCCAGGCCCGGGAACCUCUAGCGCAAGUCGUCCCAACCACCAUUUGUUUUUCCGACAAGUACCCAGACGUUUGA